UUGUUCUAUAGGUAACCACCAUCUACAGGUGGCUAUUGAGCAUUUGAAAUGCAGCACUCAAUCUUUAAUCUGAUUUAACUGUAAUUAAAUAGCCACAGAUGGCUAAAGUCCACAAUAAUGGACAGUACAGCCCUGGAGCUUUUCAAAAUUUGAUAUGGUACUUGGAAGAUAAAAAUCACAGAAAUCCCUUUUUGGUUCAUGGGACAAGGAAGUUUGAACUUUAAAUUCAAUUUUGGGAGCUAGUCACAUUUUUUCAGGCCUUUUACCAAAAGUUGUUUUCUGCAGUUACAGGGGUCAUUGCCCCCACUGGGUAACUGUCACCUGCUCAUGUACCUGCAUCUGCACUGUCACUAUCUUGACAGUCUUCUGUUUUCCAGUCUGCUGCCUAUCUCCCUCACCUUGUUUACCCACUAUCUGAGGGAACUUUUAUUUCUGUUUUAUAUGGAAGUGAGACAACUGAGUGUGGGGGUAGAUGUCCAGGCUAGUUGAUGCAUAAUGUCCACUUAGUCUUGCCCUAAUUUUCUCAUAAAAUAUAAGUCCAAUACAAAUUCUGGCUUUAUCCUCCCAACUUCAGGCUUAUCAUCAAACAAUAUUUGUGAAAAAAAUAGUUACGUGAGGUGGUUCUGAGAAGAGCUUGAACAAAAUAGGCAAUUAGAACAUAAAGGAGAUGAAAAACCUAGACACCUCAUGCCUAUCUCUAGGACCAGGGGGGUGUGGGAGAUGCACAGAAACUGAGUGGCCAGAGAGUGGCAGCAGCUCAGGAUGGAAUGAUCACAAAGAACACCUGCAAGGCCAGGGACCGUGGCAGGUGCAGCCCAUUGGUGGGAUGGUUGGGAAUAAAGAGCAGCAGAGCACACAUUCCUCCCUCUGUUUUCCCAGCCUGAGAGGAGAAUGCAUGAGAUCCCCAGCAAGCAUGGGGACGCUGGCCAGGGCUGGUUUGCUGCUGUUACUUGCCAUUGGCCUCUGCCAAAGCCUGGGUGAGCAGGACCCCUGGAUGCAGACACCAGGGCCAAGAAUGCUGGGUGGGGACCACUUCACCACUCCUUUCUCUAGUAUUUCCCAGUGUUGUGGUCAUUCCUGGGAAGAAAGCGGGUAAGGGAAGGCCCAGAUAUUCCCAAAGGCAGGCCUGGGGCAGUUUUCCUCUUUGAAAUGCUUUGGAUUCUAGAGUUCUGCUAACCACAUUUGUGCUACGGAGUCUCCUCCUCCAAGGAAACACAAUCAGGUGGGAGUACCGGAAAGCCCUGUUUCUCUCUUCAGGAGUGGCCUAUGUUGUUCCCCAGCAACUUUAAUAAAACCUGCAUCUAUGAUGUGCGCAUCCUCCCAGAGUGAGCACCAGCCAUUCACCAAAAGCAAAGCAGGCUCUUUCCUGACCUGCCUCCUCCUGUAAAGGAGUUUGGGCUGAAAGGGCAAGCAGAGAAGUCCUGAGGCAAGACCUAGUGGAGCAGAGAUGGCUGUGUCAUAUUCUCGGGAACAUAACUGAGAAAGGGAAUGCCUGCAGCUGAGUGCUAUGGGAAUGAUAGCCAGGGCAGGAAAAUCUGGCCAUGCAAUUUUGAGAAAGGGAACCCUUAAACAAGGCACUCUGGGUGAGUCCAGAAUAUGUGUCUAUGUCCUUGUACACAGGACUCAAGUGUGGAAUUCGUGCAGCUGGUUGGAAGAGUGAGGAGCCUACUGUGGAAUCUAGGUUCUUCUCCAGAAUUAGUUGGAAAAAUUCAACAGUUGGUGGACAACCCUGGCAGGUCUCCCUAAAAUUGGGUGAGCGCCACAUCUGUGGAGGAAGUUUGAUUGAAGAUGAUAGGGUUGUCAUGGCAGCACACUGCCUGAGUAGUCUUGAUGGGAAGCAACUGAAGAAUCUAACUGUGACAGCUGGGGAAUACAACCUACUUCAGAAAGAAAAGCAAGAGCAGAAUAUUCCAGUCUUAAAAAUUGUUAUUCACCCUGAAUUCAACAGGCUUGGAUAUAUGAGUUUUGAUAUUGCACUGCUAUAUCUAAAACACAAAGUCAAGUUUGGAAUUGCUGUUCAGCCAAUCUGUCUUCCACACAGAGAUGAUCGAUUUGAAGCAGGAAUUCUUUGCAUGGCCAGUGGAUGGGGCAAGAUUACAGAGAAUUCUGAGUAUUCAAAUAUCUUACAAGAAGGGGAACUUUCCAUCAUGGAUGACAGAAUGUGUAAUUCUGUGCUGAAGAGUAUGAACCUUCCUCCUCUGGGAAGGACCCUGCUGUGUGCCAGUUUUCCUGAGCAGGGAAAGGAUGCCUGCCAGGGAGACACUGGAGGCCCACUGGCUUGUAGAAGACCUGGUGGAAUCUGGACUCUGGCUGGGAUAACUUCCUGGGUAGCUGGUUGUGAAAGAGGUUCGGCUUCUCCAAAAAAUUACCACACAAGGGCAUUACCUGGCAUUUUUUCCAAGGUGUUUGAGUUGAUGGAUUUUAUCACUCAAACCAUGAUCACAGAUUGUAAACCUCAGGGAAUAGUAUUAUUUGGAGAGAGUGGGGAGAUUCAAUACCCCUAUUCCAAAGAAAACAACUAUUCUCAUAAUAGUUUAUGUGUCUGGAAAAUAAUGGUACCAGAAGAUAAAAUUAUCCUGAUAAAAUUUACAAGUCUAGAUAUAGAAAAUCGAGCUGGAUGUGAUCAUGACUACAUAUCUUUACAAUCAAGUGAUGGAGCGAUUAUUAGUAAGGUCUGUGGAGAUAUGUUGCCCUCACCCUUGCUGAUGGAGACCAACCAGGCCAUAGUUACAUUUGUUUCUGAUGCAGAAAACAGUGGCAGUGGCUUUGAACUUUGCUUUUCUGCUGUACAGAACUCAGGAACAGACUCCUUAAACAAAAAUGGACUGACAACACUUCUCAAAACCAAUACUAUAUUUACUGGAAAAGCUAUUCCAUAUGAUAUCUGUGGCAUCCCUCCAUUUAGUCCCCAGUGGCUUUCCAGAAGAAUUGCAGGGGGGGAAGAAGCCUGUCCCCACUGUUGGCCCUGGCAGGUGGGUUUGAGGUUUCUAGGUGAUCACCAAUGUGGAGGUGCCAUCAUCGAUCCAGUUUGGAUUCUUACUGCAGCCCACUGUGUACAAUCAAAAGGAAAUCCACGCUCUUGGACUGUUGUUGCUGGGGACCAUGAUAGAACCCUAAAGGAAUCAACUGAGCAGGUGAGAAGGGCCAAACACAUCAUAGUGCAUGAAGACUUUGAUAUAGUAACCUAUGACUAUGAUAUUGCUCUAAUACAAUUGAGCUCUCCUCUGGAAUACAACUCAGUGGUGAGACCAGUAUGUCUCCCACAUAGCAGGGAACCUCUGUUUUCCUCUGAGAUCUGUACUGUGACUGGAUGGGGAAGCACUAGUGAAGACGGUGGCCUAGCCAGUCGCUUACAGCAGAUUCAAGUGCCUGUGUUAGAAAGAGCGGUCUGCGAACACGUUUACUAUUCUGCUCAUCCAGGAGGGAUCACAGACAGGAUGAUCUGUGCUGGCUCUGCUGUAUCUGGAAGGAAAGAUUUCUGCCAGGGAGACUCUGGUGGGCCAUUAGUAUGUAGACAUGAAAAUAGUCCCUUUGUCCUCUAUGGCAUCGUCAGUUGGGGAGCUGGCUGCAUCCAGCCAUGGAAGCCAGGUGUAUUUGCCAGGGUAAGGGUUUUCUUGGACUGGAUCCAAUCCAAAAUCAAGGGUAUUACUUCACUUCAAACAAAAAAUAAAAGCAAAACCUUAAGAAAACAAUUGCCAACAUCCACACUUCCAACAGACAGUGCCUCUGGGCCAGAGGACGGGGAGAGAUACAGAUGCCAAACUUCUUCAACACACCAGGACCCUGCCAGAAGAGAAUAUAUAGUGGAAGAGAAGUUCAAAAGACGUUUAAAAGAAAAAAAGGAGAUUCAAGGUUUUACAGGAACUUCAGAUACAGAAGUAAUUUUCCUUUGUCAUAAAUUGCCACAGUCUGGCUGGGCACAAAUCACAAGCCAUUGAAACAGGAACAAACUUUAUUUCUGAACUCCACCAGCACACUCCACACACGCUCCCCGGGAACUAUCCUGAACCCCACGCGGCUCAUCCAGAAACCAGCCACCGGAAAUAUCUCCUCCGGGAAUCCCCAUGAGAACUCCAAAGGAGCGGCUGAGGCAGAUAGUAAUGCCUCGCCUGUCAACCAAUACUAUUGGCAAAAUGCCAGGGGCCAUUCCGACUCAGCUGUGGCUCUCAGCAAUAAGUUACAAGUGUUUAGCCUUAUUGUUGCUAUUUGUUUUUAAAUUUUAUAUUGAUAUAAAAAUUAUUAAAUUUACUUAUUUAAAUCUAUUUACACAUGUCUUGGAUCUUUGAUUUAUCCCAUCACCUUUAGGUUUGAAAUUUUUCCAUUUUAUGUCAGAAGAAUCUUUUUAAUUAAAAAGAACUUGCCUCUUGCAUCCUGCUGCAGUGUUUUCUCAUGUGGUAGAGUGAUUCUGUACUUAUCUCUUUCUUAGAAUUAUUUUCUUCCUAAUUUAUAGCUCUGUCUCUAUAAUAUAUUCAAUUCUUUAUAUAGAAAGAUAUUUCCUGGGGAAGCAUUAUCACCUUUCAAAAUCAUUAGCCUUUGUUAUAGGUUUUUGAGGAAUCCCUGUAAUUUUCCAACCAAGCAUUUCUGUGAUGUAGAAUUGUCAGCUAGAAUCUUCUGGAAUUGUUCUUUCUCUUUAGAUUAUAGAUGUCAAAGCCAUAAGACUAAUGAAAAUAUUACUCCUUCCUUGAUUGAAUGGUAUUCUAUACUGUCAAAUGCUAUGUUUCUCCUUGUGAGAGCUACCAAUACAUUCAAGAAUUAUAUUCAUCUCUCCUUGGUGCAAAUAAAUACGUGAACAUUCCUCAGAUAUUUUAACAUCAUUCGCCCUAAUAUGCUAACUAAUGUGUUUUCUUCUUUUGCCUUUGAAUAUGAUUCCCUUCCUCCCUGCAAAUGUUUGUGGAGCACCUAAUUGAACCAGGUCCUGGAGGAUCUAGUAGUGACCCAAAUUGAUAAAAAUCCCUACCCUCAUGAAACUCAUUCUAAUACGGAGGGACACAUAAUAAGUUUCUCCAAGUAAAGCAACCAGUAGAAGAUUGACAGUAGGGAAAGGAAAACUUUCAGGUUCAAAGGGUAGUGAAAUAACCAGAAUUCAAACCAAGAGCCCACAGUCGCUUGUGAGGAUAUUCUUAAAAAGCUCUCAGGAUACAGAUCUUAAAAAGCUCUCAGGAUACAGAUCCCAAGAUAUUCUCACAGGAUGAUUAUGAGGUAAAGAAAGGAAUGUUUAUUAUAAUGGAAGAUGUAUAUGGACUGUACUUGACUAACAUCAACAGUGGUAUUUGCUUAAAUCAUUAUUCUCCAUCUUCUCAAACAACAUACUCCUAGGAAACCCUGGAUCAAUUGCUUUUAACAUGAAAACAACAACAAAAGACUGUUUCUGUAAAUAAAUUGUGCUUUCUCCACAAAAGAGACAACUUAUUAGGCAAAAUGGAAAGUCAAGUCUCUGUCAAAGCAUUGUGGAGAUGGAAAUAAUGUGUAAAAUAUUCUGGAAUACAGUAGGUAUUCAGUAAAUUGUUCCUAAAUUCCCACAAUAUAAAGAAAUUCCCUUGAAUUAAGAAAUAUAAUACCUUUAAAAUGAGAAAUUAAAAGUGAAGAUCUGUAUAAUAUUGAUCCUAAGUCAUUUUUUGUUAGGGAGUUGUAGGUAAAUUCUGGCAUACAUAAAUCCUUAAGCUCUUAUAGAUUGCCAAUCAGAAUUUGGAAUAAUACACAGAAUCAAUUGUUCAUCUUCAAAUGUUAAUUUUAAUUUUUGACAAAUUGGGUACUAGCAAGUAAGUUUAGUUGGUCAAAUUUAAAGUAGAAAACCUUUAUCUCAUCCAAGCACAAAGAAACAGAAAAGGCUCACUGAAAGUCAGUAACACUGAUGCAUUAAAUUCUGAACAAAUAACAGUAUAUUCUGUUUGAAAUUGUUUCUUUCUUUCAUCUAUGCCAUAGCUCCUCUGAGAUUUAGUAGCCCCUUUAAUUCACAUCAUUCUCCUUGAAAUUAUCAACUUCCAGAUGAAGCUAACACCCUUGACUUAUCAGAGUCACCUGUGGGUUUAUGAAGAAUUUGUACCAAGCAAAAAAAUAGGUAAUUAAUUUUCCAUGAUCAACUAUGCUACUAAUUUUAUGAUACAGUCCUAGAUUGUUUUAUGUUCCCAUGGGGCUUACAGGUGACCUAAACUAGUCCUCUUAUGUGAUGUUGAAAUAGCCUUACUGAUAUCAUUUUCCUAGAUUUAUAAUGGAGAUUAACAUAACAUCUUUUCAGAUUAAGUUAAAACAAAACAUGGGUCACACUUAGAUUAAAUUUGUUUAAAAAAAAAACACUGAAAACAAGAUACAUAGGAAAGAGCAUUCAAUGGGUUUAUUAAUUAGGUAGUUGCUGAUAAUUACAGUAACAUUUAUUUUCAAAGAAACAGAAAUCCAGAAGCACCUCUAUUCAACAGUUGAACUCCACUAAUGCUGAAGUUCCUGUGAUUCUUUUGUCCUUUCCCUAAUGAUUACAUAAUGGUUAUUUUUAUUCUCAGCCUCAUAUUGGAGAAAUAAAGGACCGAGGUAAGGAAUAGCCCUAUUAAGAAGGGAAACAUGUAUCUAAGUAUCCUGUUUCAGAUUUAAAUCUUUUCACCCAGAGCUGUUACAUGGUCAUACUUGACUUGGGAGAUAGAUAGGAGAAACAAAAUGGAAAAAGAGUUUUUGAGAGGUCAACCAACAUUUCCUAACAUGGGGGAAUGCAGCAGUACACAGUUCUGGAAUCUCAUGAUCCUGGACUGUAUCUUAGUUCUAUCUCUUACUAGUUCAGUGACUUUGGGAACAACCCCCAAAGCUUACUAAAACUCAAUUUUCUUACAUGUAUACACAUGCACUAUAAAUUCCCAAUGCACUUUAUCAGGAUAGGUUAACAGCCCAGAGGAAAAGUUGUAUGGGCUUUUGUUGAACUUCGGCUCCCUAAGGAGCCAGAUGCUAACGUCACUGUCCACUCAGGUAUGCUUCUGCCAGGGUUGAUGCAGUGGCUAGGUGCUAAAGCAAUGUCCUUUUUAGUCCUUGGAUUUACAUUACCAUCCCAGAAGUUUGUACACUAACAAUCUUUGUGUUUCCACUUAAGGGAAUGUUAAGUACUGAAUUUUCUUAGUUUCUGAGCAAAUUUACCUUGAAAGAGGUCUGAGUUUCUUGUGGGAAGAAUGAAGUGUCCCUGUGUUUCUACCUGUCUUGCCUCGGAGAACAGUUUUGUUGCACUGCCUCAUGAAGUGGUUUUGAGAAUAAAAUGAGAGAAUGCAUGCUCAUCAAUAUAAAGAAACCAAACUUGUGGGAAUUAGAAAUACCCAUUCUGAUUCCUGUUCUUAAAAUUGUAUUGUUUAGAAGAAUAUUAGGACCAUUGUUUGCCUGUUGCUCUCCUCCACAGUGCACACAGAGGUUGGAAGAACAAAGGAGAGAAAGAGGAAUAUAUUAGCUAUAUACUUAUAACUUAUGUUGUUGAUGCACUACAUAUAUGAUCUAGGAAAAAAAAAUCAAGAUGGAGCAGCAUUCUUUAGGGGCACUUAUGAAGGGCCAUUGCUAAUCAAAUCUCCAGACAUGUCAGCAGCUGAACUUUGAACUAGUCUGUAGAUAAACCUACCCAAGUAUGUGAGUUGACCUUUCAAAAGACUGUUAACCUCCGCUGACCUUCUGUACAAUGGACUCCUGCCCCCAAACUACUGAGAUUGAAACCACACCCAGUCCCUUUCUUACAGGACAACUUUGGCUUUUGCCAGCACCAAUCAUAAUUCCUGACCAACAAGUAAUUGUCAACCCCCUGUGAUUUAAUGUUAUAAAUUCAUUUUGUAAAACCUUUGGGACUAUUUCCAAGACUGCUUGAAUUUUUAUUUUCCUGGAGUGAAAUCUGAAUUAGCCCCAAAUAAAUGUAAUUUUUUUUUGUUCUCAACUAGGUUGAUUUUAUUCUUGGUCAACACUUGUUCUUAGACUUAAUAAAACACAUAAGAUUUCCUUCUCAAAAGUUUCAUAAUUGUAUUUCAAUUUCUCUAAGGCUUACAGGCUCUGGGGUAUAAGAGGAAAUUCAUGUUUCCUCUACCUAUCCCUAAUAUUAUCUUAGAAAUAUAUAUCUUCAUUUAUAUAUCUUCAUAUGUAUAUUCAUAUGUGAAUAUAUAUAUGCAUGUGUGUGUGUGUGUGUGUGUAUAUAUAUAUAUAUAUAUACUUAUGUAUGUAUAUGUGUGUGUGUAUGUGUGUGUGAUAUAUAUUUUUAUUCCUGUCCAGAGUUCCUAAUAUCUCCAUAGUUCCCUAAGAGAUAAGAAUAGUUAAGGGAAAAGGAGUGCCUUUUAUUAUUAAGCCUCUUUCAUCCAUGCCUGAGUUUGCACUGAAGUGACUUUUGGAAAGUCCCUAUUGUCAGAGGAACCAACGAUGUGAUUAGACGGCUGGAACUCUACUCUGCAACCUCUGGGGAGAGGAGUGCUGUAAAUUAACUUAAUCACCAAUGAGAUAAUCUAUCCUAUGGGUCCAGAUGUGUGACUCUGAUAGAACAAUUCCUUACCAUGUUCAAUGCCUAAGUUUAAUCCUCAGCAAAACAAAAGGUUAAAAAAAAAAAAACAUAUUUUACAAAAUCAUGCCUGUGUAACAAAACUUACAUUAAAAUCCCAAAGGAUAUGUCUCAGCUUCCAGGUUUAUGAACACAUGAAGGUAGUGCCUGGAGGGUGGUGGGCCAGGAGAGAACAUUGAAGCUGUGUCUCUUCUCCAUCAUAUCUUCAUGAUUCAUCUUUUCCAUUUGACCAUUCCUGAAUUGAACCCUUGGUAAUGAUUUGGUAAAUAUAGAAUGUUUCCCUAAAUUCCUUAAUCCAUUCUAGUAAAUUAUCAAACCUGAGGAAGAAAUCAUGGGAUCCCCCAAUUUGCAGUUGGUCAGGUAAGAACACAAGUGAUAACCUGGAUUUCCAACUGGCACCUAAAAUGGGAAGAAAUCCUGUGAGACACAGCCCUUAUUUAGCCUAAGAGCUAAGCAGCAGCCCUAGUAAACGGUGUCAGAAUUGAAUUUAAUUAUAGGUCACCCAGUUGUGUGCUGGAAAAUUAAGUUAAAUUUUUAUGAGGAAAAAUCCCACACAUCUUCUUUCAAAAGUGAAGUAUUGAAAGUUAGUAUAGAGGAAAUAGUUUUGUUGUAGAGAAGUUUUAUCUUUUGUUCUUUUCCUCAGAACAUCUUAGGUUUAUUGGCUUGGAUUAGUCAAGUUUCCCAGAGGCCAAUUUCAACUAGCAUGAUAAUUAAGUUCCUUUGGCUUUAAGCUUUUCACAAAACAAGAUAACAUAAAAUAACCUGAUGGUCACAAUAUUUUCAAUUGUUCUCUUUUUAUUCUUUUAUUGGUUCUUUUCAUGUCAUAUAUAAACAUUACAGUAGAAUUCACUUUGAUAUAAUUAUAUAAGCAUGGAAUAUAUCUUAUUCUAAUUAGGACCCCCUUCUUACAGAUGUACAUGAUGGUGGGAUUCACAUGUACAUUCAUAUGUGUACAUGGGAAAAUUAUUUUAGAUUCAUUCUAUCUUAUCCCCCUUCCCUUCCUUCCCUUUUGUCUAACCUACUGAAUAUCUAAUUCUUCCCCUCACCCCCACUUAUUGUGGGUUAGCUUCCACAUAUCAGCAAAAACAUUUUGACCUUUUAAAUGAUGGUUAACACUCCAUGGAAGUUGUUUUUGUUUCAGAAAAGGUCCUCCAGGGAAACUUACAAGGAACUAGCCCAAAUCAUAAAGUCACUUUUGACCCACUAUUUAGGUAACCUAGAGUAACCUUUGCUCAUUAUAAAAAUUCUCUACCCAGAGCUGUUCCUGGCCACCAUUUUUUAUUUUUAUUUAUUUUUAUUUUUUUUAUUAUUAGUUGUUCAAAACAUUACAUAGCUCUUGACAUAUCAUAUUUCAUACAUUUGAUUCAAGUGGGUUAUGAACUCCCAUUUUUUCCCCCGUAUACAGAUUGCAGAAUCACAUCGGUUACACAUCCACGUUUCAUGCAACGUAUGUCCAUGACCUGAGCUUGCUCUACAUGUGAUGAUGAGUCUUUCCUAUAUGAAUAAGUUUUGUAAUAAAAGCCCCUUGAUUUAUUUAUUCAAGGAGGCAUUGCUUUGAGAAUUAUCUCCAUUGCACUUCUUACUGGCAAGUAAUAAAACUUUUUUCACUCUUAUCUCCUGGUCGUGCUUAUUGGCUUUUCAUUCACCAAUUGGCAAACACCCCGUGUUCAGUUACAUCCUGACUAAGCAAUGAACAGAUGACCACAUAGGAGAAAAAUAUUUGGCCUCUCUAAAACAGAAAAAAAAAUUCUACCUCAAAUUUAAAAAAAAUAAAAUGUUUUGGAACAUGAUUAAAGAGCAAAUAAAAUGUAACAUACAUAUCCAUGUUAUGGGAGUUUAUUUUCUGGAGAAAUAUUUUUCAAUAUCCAUAAAUUUAUGUUUGUCUCAGUGUCUCUUAACUAAUUAAAAAUAUACACAUGUGCAAAGAUUACAUAAAAGCAUUUCAGCAGUGGUCAAAACAAUCUAAAUUACAGAAAAAAAUUAAGAAAUUGUUAUGGUUUAGUUGUGUCUCCCCAAAACUCACACAUGAGACAAUGCAAGAAGGUUUGGAGGAGAAAUGAUUGGGCUACAGCCUUGACCUAAUCAGUGAAUUAAUAAUCCCUGAUGGGAUUCACUGAGUGGUAACUGAAGACAGUUGGGGGUGUGGCUGGAGGAAGUGGCUCAUGGUGGGUGUGGCUUUGAAGUAUAUAUUUGUAUCUGGCAAGUGGAGUCUCUCUCUGCUUCCUGAUCACCACUUGAGCUGCUUCCCUACACCACACUCUUCUGCCAUGAUGUUCAGCCUUACCUUGAGCCCCAAGGAGUAGAGCCUGUCUAUGGAUGGAGACCUCCAAAAAUGAGCCCCUAAAUAAACUUUUCCUCCUCUAAAAUUGUUCUGGCUGGGUCCUUUAGUCACAGCAAUGAAAAAGCCAACUAAAACAGAAUUGUACACUAAUUCAUUUGAUAAAAUAUUAUAUAGUCAUUAAAUGAAAGAUUUUCACAUAACUUUUUUUUCUAAAUAGGAAUAUCCUACAGGUAAUAGAAAAUUAGAAUAAAGAAGUAUAUGUUUUCUAAAAAGUACUAUAUGUGAACAGAAUAAGAAUCUAAAGGAAAACACCUCAAUGUUUAAUUGGAUGUUUCUAGAUUGUGACAUUAUUGUUUUCUAAUUCUCUAAAUUUUCUUCAUUGAACAAAUAAGCAUUUGGAAUCUUAAGAAUACAGUAGGCUUGUUCUGGAAGCUGAACUGGAUUCAUAGAAUAGCAAUUUCAGGGAACUUCAAGACACUAAGUCCAUCUAUUUAGUAGUCUGCCUCAGAAGAGAGGAGGGUCAGUUCUGAAGGGUAAGUUAGAAAUCCUCAAGUAACGAAAAGUUGAACAAAAUCAGUACAAAUGUCCCUUUUAGUUCUAGGUUUGAGCCAAGAACUAUAAAAAAUUUCAUUUUAAUGGUUUAAGGUUAAUGGUUUUGACUUUCAUGUCAAUUAUUGAAAUAUUUUAAUCAUUGUUAUUUUCUUUGCUGUGGAUAAAUUAUUGAAAUAUUUUAAUAAUUAUUGUUAUUUUCUAUGCUGUGGAUAAAUGAAUGUUAUAUGUAGUUUAAACUCAAAUAUACUUUCUAUAUGUGAUUAUUCUAUUUCAAUAUGGUGUCAGGAAUAACAUUUUUAGUUCUCUGAGGACCUGGUCUUAAAUCAUAUUUCCUUCUCUUAUAUAGCUUUAAGAACAUGUACUUAAGUUGCUUUAUAUAUCAUUAGAACUAGGUAUUGUGUUCCAGUUGGAUGGAACUAUUGCCUUAGAACUGUUAAGACUCAGGAAUCUGGAAUAUCUUUCUCUCCAUUCUAAUUGGUUUCCACUUUUAUUUUCCCCAUUUUUAUAUUAUUGGAAGUAGACAUGGCAUAAAUUUAUAACUUAAAAAAUAUUUUUUUCUUUUGCUUUGCUCAGUAACCUUGAUGAAUUGUUCUUUGGAUUGAAUAAAUUUUUUGGCUAAGAAAAUUAUGUGAAGAAGAUUUCCCUUAGCUAAAAUCUCAUGAUCCACUUGUGUUAAUUCUCAUAUAUAGUGUCACUUUGGCCUGGGAAGAGUUUUCUUUGAGACACCGUUCCCAUGUUUCUGCUGCCAUGAGCUGAGCAGCUUUCUUCUUCCACAUCCUUCUGCCAUGAUGUUCUGCCUCACCUCAGGCACAGAGCAAUGGAAUCAGCUGACUUCGGAUAGAGACCUCUGAAACUGAAAAGUUUCCAGAUUUUCCACUGAUUCUCACGGGAUAGGAUGGGCUUUUUAAGAACAAAUAUGAGCAGAAAAAGCCAGCUCAUCUGGUCAAUGCCAUCAUAGCUCAUAUUCUCCAUGCAGAAGAGAAACAUGCAACUCAUAAAGAGUGGCCACCAGGACUGAUGAUCAUCUGAAAGGCCCGGCCACCUGAACCUGCUCCUGCACUGUGAACACUACCAGCUCUUGGUGCUAACUUCAUUUUAAAUAGCAAAAACAAACUACUCCCAGAAUAAGAUGUGUCCUGGAAAGCCUCCAUACAUCCCACUAAUUAUUCCUAGUGUUUGGAACCAGCUUUUCAUAGUGGAAACGAGCAGAAAAAGCCAGCUCAUCUGAUCAAUAACAACAAAAGCUCAAAAUCCUAUAUGUAAAACACACACCCCCACCCACUGCAAAGAAACAUGCCAUCCAUCUAACAAGCAAUUUCUCCCAUCUCUCUUCCUAUAAAUUCCCCUGCUACAAAUUGAUCAGGGAGGCAAAUUUAAGCUCCUUUUAAACUUUUGGCCUUCUUGCUGGUUGAAGAUGCAAUAAAGCCUUUUCUUUUUGCAAAAGCCUGGGAUCACAGUAGUGGUUUCUAUGUAUACCAGGCAGCAAGCCCUUGCUUAAUGAUAGUUUCAACAUUUAAUGUUCUUUUGUCAAUUUAACAUAUAUUCAACAUCUGAAGGCUAAUAAGUAUAUAAUUCUUACUGAUGAUAAACAGCUUUUAACACA